AUGUCUGACGACGACAAGUACGAUGUGCUCGAGAAGAUCGGCCAGGGCUCCUUUGGCAUCAUCCGCAAGGUGCGGAGACGGUCGGACAACUAUGUCCUGUGUCGCAAGGAGAUCAGCUACUCCAAGAUGUCGCAGAAGGAGAAGGAGCAACUCCAGGCAGAGUUGUCCAUCCUCAAGGAACUGCGCCAUCCCAACAUUGUCCAGUACAUCGAUCGCGUCCAUCUGAAGUCGUCGCACGACCUUCACGUCUACAUGGAAUACUGCGGCAACGGAGACCUCGGCGCCGUCAUCAAGCGUCUCAAAGCCAAGCGCCAGGUUGCCGACGAGGAGUUCGUCUGGAGCAUCUUCUCCCAGCUGUGCACCGCCCUCUACCGUUGCCACUACGGCCAGGAUCCACCCGACGCCGGUCGCAACGUCAUGGGUCUGGGAAAUGACGCCGUCCCGGUCAAGGAAAAACAAAGGCAUAUCAUGAUCCUCCACCGCGAUCUUAAGCCCGAGAACGUCUUCCUCGGCGAGGACAACUCGGUCAAACUCGGCGACUUCGGUCUGUCCAAGAUCAUGCAGUCGCACGACUUCGCUUCCACUUACGUUGGCACUCCUUACUACAUGUCACCCGAAAUUUGCAUGUCGGAAAAGUACACCGCCUCGUCCGACAUUUGGGCACUAGGCUGCAUCAUCUACGAGCUGUGCGCUCAAAAACCCCCAUUCGACGCCAAGACGCAUUUCGACCUUAUCCAAAGGAUCCGCCGUGGAUCAUUCGACCCCAUUCCUAACGUGUAUUCUCCGGAACUGAAGAACGUGAUUGCGAGCUGUUUGAAGGUGGAUUACACCAAGCGGCCUGAGACGAUGCAGCUGCUCAACCUCCCGAUCAUGAAAUUGAUGCGCAAGGAGCAGGAGGUCGUGCAGAUGGGUCACUUGUUGAAGAGGGAGCGCGAUGCGACGAGGCUGCUUGAGAAGGAACUUAAGGAUAAGAUUACUACUCUGGAGAAGGAGAAGGACGACAUUCGCCUGUCCGUCGACAACCAGUUGCGUCGUGAGUGGGAAGUGAAGGCACGCCUGGAGAUCGACCGUCAUAUCAACACUGAACUGGACCGUCUCCGGAAAACCUUCGAUGACGAGGUCAACAAGCGUGCGGCAGAAGAGGUCGAGCGCCGCAUGCAUGCGUUCAAGCUGCAGCAGAACACCGCAACACUUGCCUCAUCUACGCCUGCACUUGAAGCGGCUCAGUCCAUCAGCACCGUUGGAGAGGCUUCAGACUUCCCGUCGCAAACAGAUAUCUCGUCUUUCUCCCUCGAAGAGUCGCCCGUUCGCCCACAGAAGCCCAGGGCAGCCACUCCUGAGAAGAGGCCCGCCAGAUCUGGUUUCCAACGCGCGCACACCACAGCUUUCAACGAAGUCGCCGCUUCACCCAUGGAUAUCCAGAUGGCGGAUCCAUCACCAGGUCCCAUCUCCCUGGCAGGUCUUAGCUUGAGCCCUCGUCGGAACGCACUGAACGCUGAGCCUAAGACGCGCCGCAACAUCUUCGCUGCCGCCGAGCUGCGCUUGGAGCCCAAGAACGCGUCUGGUUCGGCCUCGCCCACUCGUUGCACCAGCCCCACAGGAGACGUGGACGAGAUGGAAGAUGACGACCUUCCCGCGUUGCCAUCACCCACGCGCCCCCGCAGCACCAACGGUGCUGGCAAGAGCACCGACAACGAUCCCUUCAAGGCCCUCGCCGCCAACAACGCUCCGAACCCGGCAAUUGCGCUCCGCCGCAACUUGCUGACCCGCAACGGCCCUGCACCAAACCGUAACCCCUCGGCGCCUAACCUCGCCCGCUUGGGCGGAGCUCCUGCUAAUCGCCCUCGCCCUACCUCGACCGUCCCCGUGGUUGCCACCUCUCCCGCCCGCAAGCGCACCAAGGUGCCCUCAUUCGGAGAAGUUUCGCCUAUCCGCAAGAACAGCACCGGCAGCAUGGAUGUUGCCGACGCUGGCUUCGCGCGUGACACGGCAGCGACCGCUCUACGUAGCAAGAAGGGCGCCAACACAGCCCUGCUCCGUCAGAAGGCCGCCGCUAGCAACUCGUCUAACCUGUCGGGCCGCACGCUGGUUGAGUUGGCGCAGGGCAAGGCGUCCUCGACGGACCGCCGUAGCUCCAGCUCCAGUAACAUCACCAUUGGCGAGCUGAGUGAGAACGUGCCCAUGCGCAAGAACAGCAGCGCGCUUCUGGCGUCUACCGCCCCGCAAUGGGACCCGGAAAGCGCGGACGCACCCAGCCCUUUCAUCAAGAGGAGUACUGGAAUCCAGGUUGCCGCUGUGGUGAGGUAG